AUGCCGAUUGAGGCAGACGAGCAUGGCCGCCAGGAGAAGUACGACACGACCGCGCCAAGCGCCGCUGGUGUGGUUGAUCUUGAAGUUGGCCACCAGCUGCAGCGCGGUCUGAAGAGUCGGCACAUCCAGUUCCUGGCCCUUGGUGGAGCCAUUGGAACAGGUCUCUUCAUCGGCUCUGGCCAGAUUCUCGCCCUUGUUGGACCGGCACCCCUCUUCAUGGCUUAUUUGUCCAUGAUGAUGGUGGUUUGGGUCGUUAUGAACGACCUCGCAGAAAUGACGACAUACUUGCCCAUGAAGGGCAUCUCGAUUCCCUACUUCGUCUCGCGAUUCCUUGACGACAGCUUGGCAUUUGCGGACGGGUGGAACUACUGGUAUGCCUAUGCCAUCUUGGUGGCUGCAGAGGUUACGGCUGGAGGUAUCAUCAUCGAGUACUGGAUUACGUCGGUCAAUGUCGCUGUUUGGAUUGCGAUCCAGCUCCUCGUCAUUCUCUUCCUCAACAUCAUUGCCGUGUCCUUCUUUGGUGAGGCUGAAUUUUGGUUUGCAAGCGUCAAGCUGAUUACCAUCAUCGGUCUCAUCAUCUUGGGGUUCGUCAUUUGUUUGGGAGGCCAACCCACACACGAGCGCCUUGGCUUCCGCUACUGGUAUGAGCCGGGCGCGUUUGUGCCGUACCUUGUUGGUGGCUCUACUGGCCGCUUCCUGGGCUACUGGACCGCCUUGGUGAGGGCAGGUUUCGCCUUCAUCACUUCGCCCGAGCUCAUUGCACUUUCGGCUGGUGAGACGGUUGCGCCUCGCCGCAACAUCCCCAAGGCCGCCCGCCGCUUCGUGUGGCGCCUGGCCAUAUUCUACGGACUCGGAUCUCUCAUCAUUGGCAUUAUCGUGCCCAACAAUGAUGGCCGCCUACUCUCUGGCACGGGCAAUGCCUCGGCCAGUCCCUGGGUCAUCGGUAUUCAGAACGCUGGCAUCCCGGUGUUGAACCACAUCAUCAAUGCGGCAGUUCUCACUUCUGCCUGGUCCGCUGGCAACGCCUUCUGCUACUCGGGCUCGCGUGUCCUUUACAGCAUGGCUCUCAAUGGUCAAGCGCCUCGUUUCUUUACUCGUACCACCAAGCGCGGUGUCCCUUGGGCGGCCGUCCUCUUCACGCUGGCCAUUGGUCUCCUUGCAUUCCUGAACGUCAACAACUCUGGUGCCGCCGUCUUCUCAUGGUUUGUCAACAUCAGCACCAUCAGCGGCUUCAUCGCCUGGAUUGUGAUCCUCAUCACCUAUCUCCGCUUCCGCAAGGCGAUGGAGUACCACGGCAUGACGGAGGCCCUGCCGUUCCGCAGCCCUCUCCAGCCAUACAGCUCGUGGUUCGUGCUCGUCCUGAUCAGCGUCCUGACCCUGACCAACGGGUUUCAGGUGUUCUUCCCCGGGCGCUGGGCCGUCAGCGACUUCCUCGCGGCGUACAUCACCCUGCCGAUCUUCCUGGCGCUGUACAUUGGCCACAAGAUUGUCAAGCGCGGUCCUUUUGCCCGGCGCAUUCCGGAUAUCGACGUCAUCACGGGCAAGAAGGAGAUGGAUGAGCUCGAGGCCAUGGACGAGCCACCCGUGGCCAAGAACUGGGUGCAGAAGGCUUGGUUCUGGCUUGCAUAG